UCCACUGUACUAUAUUGUCGCGACCUUUCCUUUUCUGUAAUGCGUAAUGUACUUGUUCCUUUAAAACAUUAGUUCAUUCAAACCAGCAACAAAAACUAACGAAUGAGAGAAGGGGAUCCCAAAACUACUACCGCAAGCGGGUCAGGAAACACCUCCUUUUUCUGUGGUCGCGACACAGGCCAACACUUCAUCCUGGUUUCAGAUUCAGGUCAGGCCAUCGCGGUCGUGGGGAAAGUCUUUUACAUUGCAGUUCCUAAAUAUAACUGCAGAUGGGGAUAUAUAAAAUGCUGUUAUGAACCCUGUCAUUAUCAUAAUUUCUUGACGACUACAGCCUUCAAAACAUUGUUAUAGGUACUGAAUUGUGAAUUUUGAUUUGACGAAUACAACGCAACAUAAACAUAACCGUUUCAAAUCCUUUGUGUCUCUGCAUCAAAAACAGGAUCAAAAAUGUUCUCAGUCUCCACAAAGUACGUCUCACUAGCCAUCGCGGCUAUCUUCAGCGUAGUUGGGAUCGCUCUGGCAAGUCCAGUGUCACAACCAACGAUCGACAACCCUUGUCGGAUAACAAGCUCUGCUCCUCCCGAGUAUCUGUCCUUGCAAGAGGAGAUUGCUCUCACAGUGAACGUGUUCGAGACUUUGAGGUCAAGCUGUGAGGCUGGUAUGACUACUAUCACUACUGAAAAUCUGCUGAGCAGUGGUGAAAUCAACGUGUUAAUGGAUGACCCAAUGUACAAUCUGCCGGGGCUACCGUUGGCCACAGCUACUAGAAACAUCAGUGAAGAAAAU